GGCGGAGUUGUCGUCAGGCGCGCGACGGGGCAGCCCGUAACGGGUCGGGGUCCUUGCUCGCCCUCUCGCCUGGUGAGCCGCGGUGGUAGUGUGGAGCCGUUACUGCCCAGCCGGAGCCAGGGGCUCAGGGAACGGGAGGACAAAGUCAGGGGAGCCAGCCGGCCCAGCCAUGUCCUACUGCCGUCAGGAAGGAAAGGACCGCAUUAUAUUUGUGACCAAAGAAGACCAUGAGACUCCAAGCAGUGCUGAGUUGGUAGCGGAUGAUCCCAACGACCCUUAUGAAGACCACGGAUUGAUUCUGCCAAAUGGUGACAUUAAUUGGAAUUGCCCAUGCCUUGGGGGAAUGGCCAGUGGCCCCUGUGGGGAACAGUUCAAAUCGGCCUUCUCCUGCUUCCAUUACAGCACAGAAGAAGUAAAGGGAUCUAAUUGCAUAGAUGAGUUUCGGGCCAUGCAGGAAUGCAUGCAGAAGUAUCCAGACCUCUAUCCUCGGGAAGAUGAAGAGGAAGAAGAGAAGGCAAGUGGAGAGGCUCAGACCCCUCCUGCAGAGGAGAAGGUAACCAAAGAAGAGGAAAAAUUGAACUAAUAAAAACAAAGGGAAGAACGGGUCUCCCUCCAGUCCUUCAAGUUCAAAGAUAUGGACCUUGGGCAAAAUGUCUUCUACUUUGUUGUCAAGAAGUCACUUACCACUUCAGGUUGUGUGCACUGUAUUGAAAUAAUUUAUUUUGUUGGCAAGAGUCUUCUAUCCUACGGCAUAAACGUUGGAAAUCAAGGUGGAGCGUGCAUGCAUACUUGUCAGCAGAUGUAACCCCUGCUUUUCUUUCUCCAGAGCACCCCGAGUUUGCCAUACGGUUAACAUGUUCUCACCGACCCAGACAGAUGCCAUGGCAUCAGUCGAUCAGUUAAUUGUAUUUAUUUGCUGCUUAUUGUGUGCGGAGCAAUGUAUUAAGUGAAUAGGAGAAUACGGUCGGACCUUAUCAGUCUCCACGCUUGAAUCUGGUCUCAAUUUUUAAUGUAUUUAGAAAGUCUUCAUAGGGAACGUGAAGUAUCGUAUUGAAGAGGGUUGGUAUUUGAACUGCUCCAUUUUUAAGAAAGCAGUCUCUGAUGUCACAUCGUGCAGAAGGAAACUCUUUUGAGUUCUCAUUCUCAGUAAAAUCUGGGGAACAAAUGUGAUUGUACGGAAAGUAUGCAUUAAGCAACCUCCAACUGGAAUUCCAGAGUGUUAGAAAAAUGCUAAUCACUAUGUUCGCUGUUCAGGAAGUGCUGGUUUAGAACUUUGUUCUGUCUUAACAAUCUGAGUGGUGGAAACAGUUACAUGAAGUCACUACUUCAUGGAAAAUAUGUGAAUUUAAGUGCACAUUAAAAGAAAAUAUUUUCAUCUGGCUUUGAA